AUGGCCGUCGGCACAUGUGCACGCCCACCGUUUGCGGAUGACAACGUCCCCGGGGACCUCCAGGAUCUGAUCAUUGCGGGGUCGGGCGCCAAUGACGGGCUCGGCCACACAUUCUCUCCUUUUCGCUCUACCUCGUCAAACGCCGCGUCUGGCGGUGCCGGCGCUGCCAUAGGCCUGCGGUUCGGCUCGGAUUCACCUGGAAAUGCAGGAAUGCACAAUAUUCCUCAACGUCUUGUACGGCGCUGGGGUUGGCUGGGUGGGCAAGGAGCUGCUGCUGCAGUGGGCAGAGGCUGA